CCGCCCUGCCCCUUUAAACCCCCCGCUCGGCGCCCAUUGGCUGCGGGGCCUGUCCGUCAGGCUGGGAAUUUCCCAGGGGCGUUACCGCCCCGCACCCCGCUUCCUCCGGGGCCGGCGGCGGAGCCGGACCGAGACCAGGACUGGAACAGAAACAGCGGGACCGAGCUGGCAGGGAUGCCCGGCUGAGGCAACUGAAUGGCAGGGAUGGAAGGAAGAGGACCCUACCGCAUCUACGACCCCGGUGGGGGCUCAGAGGAGAAUGGAUCCACAGCUUUUGAGAGGCUGGUGGAGGAGAACACCCGGCUGAAGGAGAAGAUGCAGGGGAUCAAGUCUAUCGGGGAGCUGCUGGAGGAAUCCCAGAUGGAAGCAUCCAAGUUGCGGCAGAAGGCAGAGGACCUCGUGAAGGACAACAAAAUGCUGAUGGCAUCAUCUGCCUUGGAGGACCUGUUGGAAAUUGGAGCCAUUGGUCCUGAUCCCAGCUCCACACAGGCCACCCCAGGCAGCACCCAGACGGACAUGGAAGCACAGAAAUCUCCAAGUGUGAGUCAGGGGGAGUUUGAGAUCGUCACUGUUGAAGCACAGGGGUUUCCUCAGGAGAGCAGGAGAGUGGACUUGGAGCAGCCACCGAACGAGGAUGCCAACCUGCUGCCCCAGCUUCAGCAGCUGGAGAACACGCUGAGUGGCUGUGCCAAGGAAGCUAGCAAGGACCAGGUCUUUGUACGCAUGGGCUACAUGGCCUCUGAGCUGAAGCGCCUGGCUUCCAAAGUGCACAAGAAUGAGCAGAGAACAUCGUUCCUGCAGACACUGUGUGAGACGCUGCACAGUGAGAACAAGGAGCUGCGAACCAAGCUGGAGAGGGACCUGGAGCAGAGAAAUCAGGCACUGGAGAAGCUCAGGUGUGAGAACCAGGAGCUCCGGAGGAUGGUGACGCUGAGCAGCCAGGACAGCGGGAAGAGGGAAGCUGCUGAGCAGCAGCAGCAGAGCGGGGCUGCGGUGGAGAAGGCACCAGGCAAAGGAGAGCUGGAGGCCAAAGAGAAGAAGGUGAAGAUCCUGGAGCACCAGCGCAGGGAGCUGCUGGAGGUGAAUAAGCAAUGGGAUCAGCACUUCCGAGCCACCAAGCAGAAGUAUGAGCAGAAGGUUGCAGAUCUGCACCAGGAGCUGGCUGAGGCCCGCAGGACACUGACUGAGCUGGAGUCAGAGAGGGAGCAAAAGCAACGGGAUUUUGACCGCAAGCUGCUCCUGGCCAAGUCCCGGAUCGAAACAGAGGAGGCAGAGAAGGAGAGGCUGGCCAUGGAGGUGAGGGACCUGCAGCAGAGGAUGAGGUUCCUGCAGGAGCAGCUAGCUCCAGUCACCAGGCAGCGGGAGUACCAGGAGAAGGAGAUCCAGCGGCUGAACAAGGCCCUAGAAGAGGCCCUGAAUGUCCAGGCCUCCCCACCACCCAUCUUUGCCAGCAUCAUGGAGCCGGCAGGGAAGGUGCCACAGCAGGAGCUGCUGACACAGAACGAGCUCCUCAAGCAGCAGGUGAGAAUUUUUGAGGAGGACUUCCAGCGGGAGAGGAGUGACAGGGAGAGGAUGAAUGAGGAAAAGGAAGAGCUGAAACAACAGCUGGAGAAGCUGCAGAAGCAGCUGGUCCUCUCCAACAACCAGCUGCGAGCCUCCAAGGAUGACUGCCAGAGGGAAAAGGAGGAGAAGGAGAAGCUGAAGAAGCUGCUGAAACAGCACAAACAGGCUUCUGGAGAGAGGCUGCACCCUGAGCCACUGCCAGGGCCACUGGGCCCUGCCUGCCCUCCGUACCAGUACCAGUACAGUCCCCCUGUGGCUCACCCCAUGUACCAUGGCUUUGAGGAGUGGCAGCAGAUCCGAUACCCACCAGCGAUACCCAGUGAGCACACGCAGGGACAAAACUUCCACCACUUUGCCCCGCCCGAGUAUGCCUGGCGCCCACCCUGUGCCAUGGCUCACACCCAGAACACCCAGGCUGUGGCUGGAGUGAAACCAGUCCCCAAGGACUUGGAACAGGCAGGUCCUGGACUGCCCUAACGCCAAGGACCAACUGCGCAGCAACGUCAGCAGCAGAGGAGUAGGGUGUGUGUGUGUGCCCGUGUGUAUAUAUCUAGGAGCUUCCUCAGGCUGCCUCUCCCCUGUGCAGACACACGGUGGACAUGGAUGUGGCCUGGAGCACCUCAGGAGUGAAUCCCUAUGAGGACAGAGUGAAGGAAGUGCCAUCAUGCUGGUGGCCAACGCAGGGUCAGUCCUCUACGGCCAUCCCCUUCACUGUGAGGCUGUAGACCCGAGCCAGGUCUUCAAGGAAGAGAAUCAGCAUUUCCAGGAGCCAUCCUGAUCCAGGGGCUUCAGUUCAGCUCCUGGAGGAGUGGAUGAUGGGGCUUUUCCUGGCAGUGGGAGAUCCUGUGCUCACAGGCGGGUGCCUGCUACAGCCAGGGCCCGGGCCGAGGGUGGUUGGUGUCUUUGUAUUUAUUUAAGGACUGAAGUGUAGCUGAGUCUCUCUGGUUGUGUCCUGAAAGCUGCUUCCUCUGGGGCAGCCUCUGCCUGGGGAUGGGGAGGGAUGCCCAGGGAUGGUGCUACCCCCAUGGGCUCAGGUGUAGCCAUGGGGCCAAAGUGGGGAACCCAAUCCUUACCUGGCAACUGCAGGAUCUAUUGCCCCAAGUCUGUGCACCCCACCUCUCCUGGGUACUGGGCUCAGCCCCUUGCCAUCGUCAGGGCAGGGCAACCCUUGCUCCCUGCUCUCCCUGCAGCAGCAGUGAUCCUGGGGCCAGGCUUUCAAAUUGCACCAGGCAAAUCUUGCUUCAGGAAAAAAAGUCUGGAAUGGACUGAAGAAGAAAAAAAAAAA